AUGGGUGUUGAAAAAGCAAGGGGUCUUGUUUUUGGUGACUAUUCAUCAUCAUUUGACGAUCUUUGUUGGUAUGUUGAUGCCGCUAAUGCUUGCAAUCCGGGGAGUGUUUUCGAUAUGAAAUUUGAUAUUGAUAGUUUAUAUCCGUUAUGUUUUUCUAUUGUUGAUAGUGAAAGUUAUGACAGUUGGCAUUGGUUCUUGUCAAAGUUAUUAGGUAUUUUGACUCCGGAGAAGGAUAUUGCGUUUGUUACUGAUCGACAUAGAGGUUUGCUGAAAGCUUUAGCUGAGGUCUUUCCGUUUUCUUCUCAUUCUUUUUGUCUAAUGCAUUUGAAGGCAAACUUGAAGACUUAUUUGUCAGUGAAGAGUCGUGAAUCUAAAGAGUAUUUGCUUACUCUUUUUAGUAGAUGUGCAUAUGCUCCUACUAUUGAGUUGUUUAAUGAGCUAUUUGAAGAAUUUAAGGGUCGUUGUGGUCGUAGUGUUGAGAAGUUUCUUGAGGAUUUGCCUAAUGAGUGUUGGUGUAACGCUUAUUUUCAAGGCAAGAGGUAUGGUGAAAUGUGCACAAAUGCUGCAGAAUCUUUUAAUUCAUGGAUUAGGGAUGAACGCCAUUUGUUUUCAACUAGUCUUGUUGAUGCUAUACGGGUGAAACUAAUAGAGCAAUUUUCAAGAAGGAGAGAAGCUGGGAAUAAGUGGAAUCAUAUUGUUUGUCCUUUUGCAGAGAAAAAGUUAGAAGAAGCUUUUAAUGAUACAAAAACAUGGAUAGUUAAGAAAUGUAGCGAUGACAUUUAUGAAAUCUAA